CUUGAAGAUCGCUCUGUGGUCCCUCGAGAUGUGGUCAGACAUAUGAGCUCCAGCGACAGCCAGUGUGGGACUGUAAUCGAUGUCAACAUAGAAUGUGCUGUGAAGCUGGUAGGAACCAACUGCAUCCUCUACCCUGUCAACAGCAAAGACCUGCAACAUAUCUGGCCUUUCAUGUAUGGUGACUACAUAGCCUACGACUGCUGGCUGGGCAAAGUCUAUGAUUUGAAGAACCAAGUCAUCCUCAAACUUUCCAAUGGAGCCAGGUGUUCUAUGAGCACAGAAGAUGGAGCCAAGCUGUAUGACGUUUGUCCUCAUGUCAGUGACUCGGGUCUCUUCUUUGAUGAUUCAUAUGGCUUUUAUCCUGGGCAAGUCCUCAUCGGGCCUUCUAAAGUCUUCUCCAGUGUGCAGUGGCUCUCGGGUGUGAAGCCUGUUCUGAGCACAAAGAGCAAGUUCAGAGUGGUGGUGGAAGAGGUACAGGUGGUAGAACUAAAGGUUACUUGGAUCACUAAAAGCUUCUGUCCUGGAGGUACUGACAGUGUGAGCCCUCCUCCCUCUAUAAUCAGCCAGGAGAACCUGUCCAGGGUAAAGCGUCUAGGGUGCUUUGACCAUGCCCAAAGGCAGCUUGGGGAAAGGUGCCUCUAUGUGUUCCCAGACAAAGUGGAACCUGCAAAAAUCACCUGUGAAUGCCCAGAGAGGAACUGUGUCCUGGGUGAAGGAUCAGUUGCCAAAAAGGUGAGGCGGCUGCUGAAGAAGCAGAUAGUGAAGAUCAUGUCGUGCUCCCCAGAGUCUCAGGGUACCAAUGAAGCCCCUGACAAAGACUCUGCUGCAGCUGCUGACCAAAAAUCAGAAGAGCUUAAGCCUGGAUCAAAGUGUGAGCUGGAUGACUCUUCCAACAGUGCACCAAGUCCUGGGGAGAGAAAGGAGGAGCAGCCUGAAGAAACAGGGAAGGAGAAAGGGGGAGCAGCAGCGCGACAGCAGCAGCCUCCCUUUCUGCUGAAAGACGAAGGGUCAUCUGACUACCGGCUUCAGUCCAUGGAGCAAGAUGCUGAUGAUGAGGCAGCUGAUGACACUGAUGACACUAGCUCUGUCACCUCUUCUGCUAGCUCCACUGCUUCAUCUCAGAGUGGCAGUGGCACUGGCCGCAAGAAGAGCAUCCCUCUUUCCAUCAAAAACUUGAAGCGGAAGCACAAGAAGAAGAAGACCAAGAUUUCACGAGAGUUUAAGCCAGGAGACAGGGUUGCUGUAGAAGUGGUGACCACGAUGACUUCAGCUGAUGUGAUGUGGCAGGAUGGCACUGUGGAGACAAACAUUCGGUCCAAUGAGCUGAUUCCAGUCCACCAUCUGGACAACAAUGAGUUCUGCCCUGGGGAUUUUGUGGUGGACAAAAGAGCUCAGAGCUCCCAGGACCCCGGGUUAUAUGGAGUCGUCCAGUCUGGUGACCAUAUUGGCCGUACCUGUGUGGUGAAGUGGUUCAAGUUGAAAUCCAGCGGAGAUGAUGUGGAGCUGAUCGGGGAGGAAGAGGAUGUGAGUGUGUAUGAUAUUGCUGAUCAUCCAGACUUUCGCUUCCGUACUACUGACAUUGUGAUUCGCAUUGGCAACUCAGACGGAGCCACAGCUAAGGAAGAUGAGCCUUCGGUCGGACAGGUAGCUCGUGUGGAUGUCAGCAGUAAAGUGGAAGUGGUGUGGGCUGAUAACUCCAAGACUAUCAUUCUGCCUCAGCACUUAUACAAUAUUGAAUCAGAAAUUGAGGAGUCGGACUAUGAUUCUGUUGACGGCAGCACCAGCGGGGCAUCCUCUGAGUGGGAGGAUGAAAGCGACAGCUGGGAGACAGACAAUGGCCUCAUGGAAGACGACCACCCAAAAAUUGAGGAGUUAGAGCCUGAGGAGCCGGCAGCAGAGGAGGUGAAAAAAGUAGAGGAACAAGUCCAGGGAGCUGUGGCUAUGGCAGUUGCAGAUCUUGCUGCAGAGAAAGCUGGCAAGGACGGAGCCCCAAAGAGCUUCCGGGAACUAAAAGAGGCCAUAAAGAUCUUGGAAAGCCUGAAAAAUAUGACUGUGGAGCAGUUGCUGACUGGCUCUCCCACCUCCCCAACUGUGGAGCUGGAAAAACCCACUCGGGAGAAGAAGUUCUUGGAUGACAUUAAAAAGCUGCAGGAAAAUCUAAAGAAGACCUUGGAUAAUGUGGCUAUUGCAGAGGAGGAAAAGAUGGAAGCCAUGGUGGAGACUGAGAAGAAAGAAGAAAAAGCAGAGGCACAGACACCAGUGAGGUCAGAGUGGCCCAGUGAGACACCAGUGCUCUGCCAGCAGAGUGGAGGCAAGCCUGGAGUCACCUUCACCAGUGCCAAGGGAGAAGUCUUCUCCGUGUUGGAGUAUGCUCCAGAUACCCAUGCCUUCAAGAAAAUGGAGUUUCAGCCCCCAGAAGCGAAGAAGUUCUUUAGCACCGUGCGGAAAGAGAUGGCUCUCCUGGCCACCUCCCUGCCUGAUGGCAUCAUGGUUAAAACCUUUGAGGACCGAAUGGAUCUCUUCUCAGCACUUAUAAAAGGGCCCACGCGCACGCCCUAUGAAGAUGGCCUCUUUCUCUUUGAUAUCCAGCUCCCCAACAUCUACCCUGCUGUCCCGCCUCUCUUCCGCUACCUCUCCCAGUGCAGUGGGAGACUGAAUCCCAACCUGUACGACAAUGGCAAAGUGUGUGUCAGCCUCCUGGGGACGUGGAUAGGCAAGGGGACAGAAAGGUGGACCAGUAAAUCCAGCCUCCUUCAAGUACUCAUCUCCAUCCAAGGUCUCAUCCUAGUCAAUGAGCCUUACUACAAUGAGGCGGGCUUUGACAGUGACCGGGGCCUCCAGGAGGGCUAUGAGAACAGUCGCUGCUACAAUGAGAUGACCCUGAUCCGGGUGGUGCAGUCCAUGAUGCAGCUGCUGCGCAGGCCGGUGGAAGUCUUUGAGCAUGAAAUCCGUGAGCAUUUUCGCUGCAACGGCUGGCGCCUGGUGUCCCGCAUCGAGUCUUGGCUGGAGACGAACGAGCUGGUGGAGCGGAGCCACGAACAGGCCAACGGGGCGGAUUCUGCCUCCCUCCUCUCUGCCAGCGGCACCCUGGCAGAGAGCCCAGGAGACAAUGCAGGAUCGCUGGGGGAAUACGGCAGCAGCUUGGAGCAGGGGGCAACUGCCGAACUUUCUGACUCGGCGCUCGACGGGAAGGAGGAGCUGGAUGAGUCGGAGUUCAUAACCUCGACACCCAACGCCGGUGAUCUCCAACAGUACUCGGACUCGGAGGGCACAGGCCAAGCCAGGGGGGUAGACCUGGCCAGAGACCGAACGGACGAGGGGAAGGCUGCCCAGGACUCUGCCUUGCAGCCUAGUGUGAAACCAAAGAAAAGGAGAAAGAGCUACAGGAGUUUUCUUCCAGAGAAGACCGGUUAAACCCUCUUCCCUUUGUCCAAGGGGUUCAUUAAAAGCAUCCGCGGUGUCUUGCAGCAGUACCGGGCUGCCUUAGCAGGGGCCAAUAUCCCAGAGUGGACAGAGGACAAAUAA